CUGCUGAUAUCAGGGAAGCAGAAGGAGGGCAGGUGACUGCUGUUCACCUUCAAGGACUCAGACKAAGUGUCAGAGAAAGUAAAAAGAAACAUGGCAGUUGUAGUAGGAAGUUAUAGUUUCCUUUUUGUCAGUACAUUUGUUGCUGCUUUGACUUACAUCACCUACCAGUUGCUGAGCAGUUACCUGCACAAAUGGUUUGCGAUGAAACCUGUUCCAGGACCGGAGGGCACAUACCUCUUCCUUGGAGAUGCAUUGAUGUUCAAACCCAAAGCAGGAGAGUUCUUUCGUCAAAUUGUGGAGUUCACACAAGAGUUCAGAGAUUUGCCGUUGUUUAAAAUCUGGGUUGGACCAGUUCCCUUCGUCGCUCUCUUUCAUGCUGAAACAGUUGAGAAAAUUCUGAGCAACCCCGUUCACCUGGACAAGUCUUUUGCAUAUAAAUUUCUGCACCCUUGGCUUGGAACUGGCCUUCUAACCAGCACGGGGCAAAAGUGGCGUCAAAGAAGAAAAAUACUGACACCAACCUUCCAUUUCUCCAUCCUAACGGACUUCCUGCUUGUGAUGAAUGAGCAGGCWGAGAUUCUGGUGGAAAAGCUGGAGAAGAAGGCCGGGAAAGGUUCAUUCAACUGUUUCAGUGACGUCACCCUCUGUGCUCUGGACAUCAUCUGUGAAACAGCYAUGGGGAAGAAAAUACAUGCACAAAGUGAUUCUGAGUCAGAGUAUGUGAAGAGUGUAUACAG